AAAACAUGACAAUUCCAAAAUGUAAAUUUAACAGUUUUACAAGUAUGAAUACCAUUGUUUUUAUCUUUCAGUCUUACCUAUCCAGACUAAGGAGAGCAUGACCAUUAAUUUCACAGUAGUUGGAUCAACAGUGAAAAUCAAGUUUGGACCGGUACAGCAUAACUAUACAUACAGAGUGUGCUUAGCAACAGUCAUAAAAGAAUACAACUGUUAUAAAGAUAUUGAAAAAACAGAACCGGGUCAGGACAAUGUAGUGUUUACAGAUGUUGAGCCAGACACAUACAGAAUUUAUGUACAAAAACUGCCAGAUCCAGAUAAUCCUAUGAUUGUUACAAAACCUUUCAAUGUCUCAGAACCACCAUUGACAGAGAAGACAACAAUAGCUGCAUCUACUGUUGCUAUAAUUACAAUGGCUUGUCUGUUGUUUGUUGCUGGUGUAACAACACUUUAUUUCUGCUUGAAGAGGAAACGUUGUCAAUGUUCCCCUAUGAACUGGAAGAUUUGUAAUUGUGCCUCCUAUCAAAGAACACCGCAGAGUGCUCCUAACAAUAGAGCAGAAGAUGAAGAAAACAGUUCCAUGUUGGAAAUCUUACCCGUGUAUUAUGAUGAGUCAGAGAGUUUUACGUCUGCUGUUAAAGAAGUGUGUUCGUACCUGAAUAAGUGGGCAAAAUGUCGCAUAAAUCAUAACUGGUUGUCCAGUUUCUAUGACAACCCUGAACUAUCCUUUAAAGAAAGUUACCCAAAUGGUACACUUCUGAUUUUUCUUUCAUCCAAGAUGUGGACUUUCUUAAACAGUCAUCAACAUUCUACAGACUUGCAGACGAAGAUAUUUAAAAAUGUUUUGAUGGAAAGUAGCGGGAAGGAGUUCCGUAAGAUGAUAGUCAGUUUUCACCCAUUGCCUGGAUUGAAGGAACGUUUUCACUGCAUAAAAAUAUAUAGAAUAAGGAAGCAGAUAGUAGGUCAUAAUGAUAACAGAUUUGAUAUAAACACUGAAGAUUUGUAUCAGAUGUUAAAAGAAAUCAAUGGAGAUGACGAAGAGGUGAAGCAGGGCUGGUCUGGGUAUGAGCAAAUCCUUUCACUUUUCAAUGCCACAAAAUUCAUACCAGAAAAUGAUUUAGAUUUUGGGAGGCAUUCAUUUCUAAAUGGCGAGCGUAUUAUUAAUCAGAAGAACAUACAAAACAAUUAGACACACUCGCAUGUGGGCGGAGUCUCAGCAGAAUAGAGUGUGCAACACCUACAGUCAGAAUGGUUACACCCCUGAUACAGGAUUUCAUCAUAUAGUAGAUGAACUGGGACAUGACAAGAUUGGUACAAACGAGAUUGAUAUAGAUAGUGCUAGUGUUUGCCAAGAUGGAUAUUACCCAAUGACUAGACACUUUGAUCAUGUGAUAGAAAAUCACAUUGGUUAUUGGUCGCCACCAGAAGAAGACUCAGAAAGUGUUACACAGUCUGUGAUUGGUCAAAAACAAAUGGAGAUUUAUCAGAAGUAUAAGGCAAACAUGUGACAAGUGUUGUUGAUCAGCAUUAUUUUAGAGGUCUUGCUUCAAAUCAGUGUUACCCACAUGAUUUCCUUGAAUAUUGUUAAAUUGUCACCUUUGUGCAGUAAAUGGUUAAUUGACCUGUUAAAUUUAGAAGGACUUAACUCGUUAAUGCACUAAAGUGAUGAAUGUUCUUUGGUAAUAUAUCAAUGUUGAUACAUAUUCAUUAUGUACAUGUAGAGAAAACCUUUUUGUAAGUGUUCACUAUUUUUUUGUCCUGAAUUUUUCAAACAGGAUCAUUUAGAAUUAUUUAAGACGACCAAUUAACAAUGACAACUAUAUUGUAAUGUGGUGUUUAGAAAAAAAAUGGCUGUAACUGAUUAUUCUCAUCGAUAUACUGUUAACUGUUUGUUAUGUGCUCAAAAUGUUUUUUGUGCCUUUAUGUUUUACUGCCAUAAAGUGUUCUUGUUAUUUCAGUUGUAUAAUGAUAGUCAGAAACUUGUGACAUUGGGUGAAGAUCAUUUUAAUCAUAAACUUACCUUUAGAACAGGUGACAGCACUGUAGAGUUGCCCAUGGCAACACUAUCAUAAGGUCAUCUCAUCCUGCACAUCUUUCUGUAAAGUCCCAGUAGACUUAAAACUGUUGGCUUUUUAUUAAAGUUUUAACAUUUUGAUAUUGAAAUUGCUUAUAAUGUCAUUAUAGUCACUGGUUAGUUAUCCAGGAAAGCCUGUUCGAUGAAAUGACCGAUAAAUGACCAAAACAUGAAUUAAAAACAACAUACAUAUCAAACAAUCAAACAAACAUUCAAUUCAAAGCAGGGCAAAUUUGCUAUGUAAAGGUGUAAUAAGAAAAAAAUUAUUUAAGAACUGAAAGUCCUAUUUCUAUGAUCAAUUUUAUUGAACUGUUAUAGCAGAAAAAUACAGAUACCACAUGUAUGCAAAUUACAUUUCAUAUUUUUUAACUGGUAUGAUAUACCUGCUAUGUUUUUUAAAUUAUAAACUGUCCUGUCUCAAUUGAAGAUAGUGAGAGUAAUUUAAGCCAACAAUAUAAAGUCUUACAGGGGGGCGUGGGUGAGGAAGCUGGUCCGGCACAGGUUAUUCGUAAGUGCUGCAUGUGCUCAAAGAGUGUACUAAGAUAUUUGUCACAGAUACUGUAAUUUGACUGUACGAUGCCUGUAUUUACACUUUAAUUGCUCAUCAUCCUCAAUCAAUGAAUUUAUCAUAAAAUGAAAAACUUUUUGUGCUGUGUGGCAGCUGUUCAAAGGACAGCCUCGUACUUUAUCCCGUUGUUCUUAUAUUGUUCUGCUUUGUCAGAAUUACUGAUCCUAAUACUUCAAGACUGUUCCCAGGUAAUGUGAAAUGUGUUGUAUUUUUUCUCUGGUGAACAGACUCGGUCAAACUAAGUCUGUCAUUUGCUCCCAUUUCUUUUUUUUCAGUCUCAAGGAUUGUAACCUACUUUGUAAUCAAACUAAAAUAAAUUCUGUAUAAACUAAGGAAAUUCGCUACCUCUAGAAAUUUAAUCUGUUUCGUACAAAAUUAAUACUCAAGUAUCAGUAAUGUAAAAGGUCACCUGUUUUAAGCACAUUUUGUUAAUUGAUCUUUCAAUGUCAAACAAAUGCUCUGUAUAAUUAUCAUUUCUAAUGACUUAGUUAUAUCAAAAUCUUUUUUUAACUGUCUGAAAUGGUAUGGUACUGUUCACACACUGAUUUAUGAAUCACCUCUUCAUUGUAAAAAUAAUUACAUUUUAUAUCUGUUAUAUGUGUGUUAAUCAUGUGUCUGUCUUGUGACAUUCCAUGUGUUGAUCAUAAUGAUUUUAAUUUUAUAUUUUAAUUGCUUACUUCAUUAUUGCUUUGAUCAAUUCUGAGCUGUUUGACCAAACAUAAUUUAUCAUGCUUUAAGUUUUGAUCCUGAAAUCUCUUAGGUCUGUUAUUAUUAUACCCAAAUUCAAAGCAAAGCUGUAGGGAGAUGGACAAUCAGUGCUUUAUAGGAAAAUUCAUGAAGAGCAUUUCAAAUAAUGACUCAUAUACACUACAUGUAUGCCUGUUUGCUUUUUUUUGCAGAAAACUAUAAAAUUUUAACAUUUUGGUUAGUUUGGACAUAAUGUGUGCCUCUUGUUGCAUUAUUAUGCCGGUGAAGAUAUCAAAUAUGUGUUUAUUUUGUUAGUUUAUAUUAAAAUUUUAUGCUCAGCAUUUCACAAAAAUGCCAAAAACUUGUCUGUUUGCUCUAUUUGCAGAAAAUUAUAAAAAUUGAACAGGUUAGUUUGGACAUUAUUAACAUGUAAUGAUGAAGAUAUUGCAACCAAUUCAACAUUUAACAAAAGAAAAAAAAUCAGAAAUUUUAAGAUUUAAUUGCUAUGGUAAACAGAAACUGUUGUCAACUCGACUAAUUGCAUAAAAGAUCAAAAGAGGCCUUUGAAACAAAUCUUUUCCCCAAAAUGAAUUUUAAUUUUUUGUUACAAACAGUAUUUUUGUUUGUUUGCCAAACUUAACGUUGAUUUUAUAUAUCAUAUGUUAAAUUGUUGAUGUUUUUACAGAUAUUUUAUCAUUGAUGUUACAUGUAUAUAUAAGUUGUUAUAUCAAGUGAUUUUUAGUAAAAUUCUUAAUUAAUUAGAUAGAUUUAUAAUGAUGGUCCUCGUGGGUUACUGCAAAACUUAAAUUUUUUGGCAAAUUAUAAAUAGAAAUAAAAAGGACUUACUUUUGUUGAUUUAUUUUACUGAUGUUAACUGGUGCAUCUUUACUUUUAAAGUACAUUUUUGUGAUCAAAGUUUGUAAGUUGACAAUUUAGAACAGUAACAUCUGGAUUAAUCAGUAAAAUAUUUAUAGAUGGCGCCACAUUAUGGCAAAAAUAACACAUGUUUGGAUUACUUUGGUAAUAUUAAUAAUGCAGUACCAGGUGGAACUUGUGUAUAGUUAGAUUAUAUAGUUAUUUUAGUAAUCAUCAAGAAAAAAUUGUUAUCAUGUAUGUUCUAUGUUGUUGUUUUUUUAUAGAAAAAAAUCAGUAGAAUUGA